GUGGUGAUGAUUUGGAAAUUGAGAAAGAGGACGCCCAUGACAGAAUCCACACAGUGGAGAAGCCAUUGCCACUCUUGGAGUGUGGAGAGAGCUUCAGUCACAGCUCCCAUUCGACUACACACCAAAGAAAUGCUAUUGGGAAGAAACCCUCUCAGUUCUCUGAAUGGGGAAAAAAUUUCUGUUGGAAUGGAAGCCUCACUUCACAGGAAAUAAUUCCCACAGGGGAGGACCCACUGAAAUACUUGGAAUGUGGAAAGAGCUUCAGUAAGAGUGCACAUCUCAUUUCGCAUCAAAUAAUUCAUACUGGCGAGAAACCCUAUCAGUGCUUAGAAUGUAGGAAAAGCUUUAAUACAAGCAAAACCUUCCGUAAACAUCAGAGAAUUCACAGGGGGGAGAAGCCAUUUGAAUGCCAAGAGUGUGGAAAGAGCUUCAGUCAGAGAACCCAUCUCACAGCCCAUCAAAUAAUUCAUACAGGCAAGAAACCCUAUCAGUGCUCGGAAUGUCGGCGGAGCUUCAAUUACAGGACGACCCUCACGGUCCAUCAAAGGAUUCACAGUGGUGAGAAACCCUAUCAGUGCUCAGAAUGUGGGAAGAGUUUCACUGUGAGCUCCCAUCUCACUUCCCACCAAAGAAUUCAUACCGGGGAGAAACCAUCUCAAUGUGUGAAUUGUGGAAAGGGCUUCACCCAAAAGGCAAGUCUCACUUCCCAUCAAAGAAUUCACAGUGGUGAAAAACCUUAUCAAUGCAUGGAAUGUGGGAAGAGCUUCAGUCGGAAGCAAAGUCUCACUUCCCACCAAAGCAUUCAUACCGGGGAGAAACCCUAUCGAUGCUUGGAUUGUGGAAAGAGUUUCUGCCAGAGAGCCGAUCUCACUUCCCACCAAAGAAUUCACACAGGAGAGAAACCCUAUCAGUGCUUCGAAUGUGGAAAGAAUUUCCGCCAGAAAGUCAACCUCACUUCCCACCAAAGAAUUCACACAGGGGAGAAACCCUAUCAGUGCUUGGAAUGUGGGAAGAGUUUCCGCCAGAAAGUCAACCUCACUUCCCACCAAAGAAUUCACACAGGGGAGAAACCCUAUAAGUGCUUGGAAUGUGGAAAGAGCUUCAGUCAUAAGCAAAGUCUCCCUUCCCAUCAAAGAAUUCACAGUGGUGAGAAACCUUAUCAGUGCUUGGAAUGUGGGAAGAGUUUCAGCUAA